CGUCAGUGGAGCCGUUGAGUCAGUCAGCUGAGGGAGGAACUCAACAGAAAGUGAACCAGGAAACCGAGGCAGCUAAACGGAUCCGCCGCCCCGGUGUGACGGCGGUGUUAAAGAUAGGAAUCACAUUGUACAACAGUACAAGACUAGUAUUUUGAUAUUUAGGUUUAAACAAAGCAGCAACAUGGCUUCCCUUUUCAAGAAGAAGACCGUGGACGACGUAAUCAAGGAGCAGUCUAAGGAGCUGCGCGGCACCCAGAGACAGAUCACCAGGGACCGAUCAGCGCUGGAGAAACAAGAGAAACAAAUGGAGGCUGAAAUCAGGAAAAUGGCAAAGAGUGGAAACAAGGAGGCGUGUAAGAUCCUGGCCAAGCAGCUGGUGCAGCUGAGGAAGCAGAAGAACCGCACGUACGCCGUCAGCUCCAAGGUCACCUCCAUGUCCACGCAGACCAAGGUCAUGAACUCACAAAUGAAGAUGGCCGGCGCCAUGGCCUCCACAGCCAAGACAAUGCAAGCAGUGAACAAGAAGAUGGAUCCACAGAAGACCCUGAAGACCAUGCAAGACUUCCAGAAGGAGAACAUGAAGAUGGACAUGACUGAAGACAUGAUCAACGACACUUUGGACGAGAUCUUUGAUGAUUCUGGGGAUGAAGAGGAGUCUCAGGAUAUUGUCAACCAGGUUCUGGACGAGAUCGGCAUCGAGAUCUCAGGAAAGAUGGUGAGAGCUCCAGCUGCAGGAAAGAGCCUCCCGAGCGCCGCCUCCUCCAAACAGGCCACUAUCUCCGACGACGAGAUCGAGAGACAGCUCCGAGCUCUGGGAGUGGACUAAUCGUCUUCUCUGUGUUAAUGUUCGCACUAUAGGCCUGUGCCACAUUAAUACUGAGUGAUACGGACUCUUUUAGACACAUUGGAUUUGUCAUUGUUGAAAUGCUACAGGUGUAAGAAAGGGUGCUCACCAACACACAUUUUAAAGGGACAGUUCUCCACUCAAAUACAUUUUUUAAAUCUUAACUGAAGUGCUUUAUCAAUUUAGAUUUGAUUGUUAUCGGCCGUAGAAAUGUCUGCCUUCUUUCGAGUAAAACAGAGCUAAAUGUGGCUUGUGAAAGGUAACCCACAGACCUUUUUGUGAACAGUUUACGUAGGAACUACUUCCUUUAUACUGUAUCGCCAAGCCAAGGAACAUUGUGUUCUCCUCGGCUGAUAACAUGAGCUACCUCAGGUUAGCCUAACAGACUAGAUUGAUAAAUAAAUAGCACUAAAGGCAAGAGAAAAACAUGUAUUUUAAAUUAUGAACUGUCCCUUUAAGACAUUCAAAGACAAACAUGUAUAUUAUUAACCUACACAUAUUCACACUUUCUACGGCAGGUCGCCUUAAGGCACAACAUCUGAUCUAUUUAUGCGAAAAUAAUAUUUAUUAUGACACUGGAAGGUGUACCAAUAAUACAUGUAUGACUUAAAGAGCUUUCAUCCACCCACGCUGUUUACCUCCCAUCUCUGUCUUUAAAAGGGCUACAGUGUCUGAGACCGUGGAACUGGCUCGACCCAUCUGCUGUUUUGGUCUUUGGUCAUAUUAUCAGCUUUUAUGCGGCUGGAGAUGAAUGCAAGUUUUAAUGAGUAAUACCUGGUAAUUAAAAAAAAAUAGCUUACGGGUUGUCGGUAACCAGAUGGAACUUAUAUUGUUCCUUUUUAAAGCAUUUAAACGAUUCCCUUCCUCUGAGGCAGACUAUCCUCCUCUCCAUGUUUGUCAUUGUUAUGUGGGUGAUAUAUCCUGGGGGUGUCAGAAAUGAGACACGGUUACUUUACCACGCAGGAGAAAAAGCGACGACCGGUCACUGUCUCCAUACAAAUGUAGCAACUAGCUUAUUAACCAUCAUGUUUUAAAACCCUUAGGUACGCUACUGUAGUUACUGGAGAUGAUGUAACUCGUAUGCAUGUCAAAUGUAUAACAGAUUAGGGUAAGGCCUUCACUUUACUUCAACAUAAUGCAUGAGGCGGUGAGAUGGGUUAAUCCGAGGGCGAGCAUUUAAUUAGCACCACUGAAGAAGAAAUGCUGUAGAGAUUGUGUGUGAAAACGUAAUCAAACACAAUAUAGGACUAAUGGGAGACUGGCUUAUUGAGUUUUUUUUAAUUGGUUGAUGCUUUUGGGUAAUCAUAUUAGUUUUUCUUUUGUAAUUCUUGGUUGAUCUGGUUGUGUAUCUUAUAAUGGACAUGGGGUUUAAACAGUGAUUGUUGGACGCUCUGGUCCGCAGUCGCUCUUCUCUUUCAGCUGCUGUGCAGUUACUCAUAUGUUAUUUCUAGCUGUCUCGCUCACACACUACAGCAACAAAAUGAUGGAAGUGUUUGCUCAAAUUAAACUGUGAUCCAGGAGAUGUUUUCUCUUCUGGCCCUACUCUAAAACAAAUAAAGUUGGCCAGCUUCAUGAGGGUGGCACGGACAUCAGGUUUUUGUCUUUCUCAUUCUCUGGCCUCUUUGUUCCUCUUUGCCAAAACAAAUUCUAAAUAGUUUUCAUUCCUGCAUGCAUCUGACAUGUACAAAUCACAAUUCAUCUUGUAUAUCAUACUUUCCUCUAACUUUUUAACAGUCCAUUGUGAGCGGAAACAAAGUCUUAGCAGAUUUCGACAAUGUUUCAGUGCAGUUCCAUGCUUAGGAAAUGUCCACACUUUUUGAACAAAUGUGUGUAUGUAUACUCUUCUGAAUUUGUUUUAGUCAUUGUAAAGUGACUCUGUAAAGGGUGUAUGGCUUUUAUAAUGAAUAAAGUUUCUUCAGGUACAGGUUG